AUGAAAAUUUUCACUCUCGUUGACACUUGUUUUAAUUAUGUGUUGAAUAUGAAAAUUUUCGUAAAGAAACAGAGAAGAGAAUUUAGUAAUGGAUUGAAUAGUAUUGAAAAUUACGUAAAGCUUUUAAUGAAUGGAUUCAAGAGUAAUUUACUUUUAAUGAAUAAUUUAACCAGUUUUUCGCUAUUAAAAAAUCUUCUAAGAAAUAAUAUCACUGCAAUUGGUAAAUUAAAUGGUAGUGAGCCAGAAAUUCCUCCUGAAUUUCUGAUUAACUCUGAUAAAGAACAAGUCGCAUCUUUUUAUGAAUGUCAAAGUAAUUUAAUGCUUACGGAGUUUUCUGAUAAAGAAAAUAAAAAUAUGAUUAUAUUGUCAACUCUACAUACUACCGAAGAUAAUACAUACAAUCAAAAAUCAGCUCGUGAACGUUACAUAAAUGCGGUUCAUGCUACAGAGCGAUUAAAAAAGUUUUUUCUUGAAAAUUCAAUUUCUAGGAGAACACGCCGUUUUUCGACGAGAAUAUGGUUCCAUUUACUUGAUGUCGCUAGCUUAAACAGCUAUAUUGUGUAUUCGAUUAAUAAUAAUUUAAACAUUUCAAGGAGAGAUUUCAUCAAGCAAUUAGGAUUAUCACUUGUAGAUGAAGCAAUAAAAAAAAGAGCUAAGAAUAAAUAUUUGCCUCGACAAUUACGAGAAGAUGCUGCACAGUUUUCAUCUUCAGAUUCUUUUUGUCCUAAGCUAGCAGAAACAAAUGAUAAUAAGCCAAAACGUUGCUCUGUUUGUCCAAGAUCGAAAGAUGUAAAAAUACGAACUUCUUGUUGUUUGUGUAAAUUGUCAAUGUGUAAAAAGCAUAUGGUUUCAAUUUGUCCAAAAUGCAUUCAUUUGUUAAAUGAUGAACAAUAACAAAAUAACACUUUUUUUUAUUAAUUUUCGGACGGAAUAUAAAGUCUCGAAAAAAAAUUAUAAUUUUAUUAUUUGAAUAUAAUACGAUUGAA